AUAUUGUUCGGCAGCAUUGCCAUUAUAACGUCUCUAUUUUUAUAGUAUUACAUGCGUCGAAAGUGUCGUAUUGUUUCGUUCUUUAACCAUUGUCCAUUGUUAAGCCUCGUAAUAAUACCUGAAAAUAACAAUAACAUUUUCUUAAAUUCACCUAUUACAAUAUGUUCGACGAUAAAUUUCGGGUGGGCCGCAUAUAUAUAUAGAAAGAACCCGAAAUAAUUGUCUUCAUCAAAACGGCUGCGGUGUCCUUGAAUGAUGAACAAGUGUAAGAUCGGUGUAGAAUUCCGCAUAAAACAAUGGCAUCGAACGAUCAAUGGCCGCCCGUAUCUUUGGCCACAUCAGCAAAAAGUACCUCAAAAACCAACGGACACAAAAGACACAUCAAAGAGUCGCAACAAGAGAUUCUUAAGCGGCUUAACGAGAUGUUUCAUUCGACCCUUGAACCAGCAGUUAUUCUUUCUGUUGUUCAAAAUUGUAAUUGGGAAUUGCAACCGUCGAUCGAGGGUUUGAUAACGCUUAGCGAAACUGUGGAAGAUCCACCAAUGUGGAACGAUUCGUUCCCAAAAGUGGUGAGGGUCGAGAUAUUUAAGGAUAAAGAAACUUCUAGAAUUGAAAAAACAGAAGAGGAUACGGCUUCAUUGAGUAUAGAAAAUUCAUCACGGGCAAACGAAGACAGCCCUUGGGUGAAGGAGGCGUCACGUGAAAAGAUAUGGAGCAAGGUCAAAAGAAGCGGAACAAAAAAUCGUAUGACCUCUUUUUGCGGUAAUAUAGCAAAGUUGAAAUCAUCCGAAGAGAAGAUAGGCCAGAGUGUCAAAUCAUCGUGGAAUAAGACGAAGGAGAAGAGUGUUGGAACAAUCGUUGGGGAGGUAGAUGAAAUAUUCGAUGGUGUGCCGGACGAACCCCAAUGUGUGCCAAUGGAACGCGUCUCUUUAUCGAGUACGACGCUGAAGGGGAAAACACGUUUGCGCGUGAAUGAAGGGAGGACGCGUUUGGAGCAACGUGUUAGUCCGGAGGAGCAGCUCCCAAAUUUGUCAGAGAAGAAUGAAAAAAGGAUCGCCAGUUUCAAGAAUAAUAAAAAGGAGAUGAAAAGAAAUGAGUCGGAAUCAUUGUGCGGGUUGAAAGUUGAAUAUCGAUUGAACGGGAUGAGCGGCUCGGACGAUGAAAACGAAGGGGAGGAGGAGGAGGAGGAGGAGGAGGAGGAGGAGGACGACGCGGAUGUCGUAAUAGAGGAUGAGACGAGCGAUUACAAAAUAAAUCUAACAUCCGCGAUAACGAGUAGCGUGUCUCAAUUUUUAUCGCCCUCAACGCAAGCACCUUCGCGCAGCAGCAAACCGGAAAUACACAUGAUAAGCACAGCGUCACCUCCAAGGACUCCUCAACGAAGUGUCCAUGAUGCGACAUUUGCUCGUAUAAAAGCGGAGAUAAUGCGUGGUAAUAAAAUUCUCAUAUUAAUGAGAGGCUUACCUGGUAGCGGAAAAACAACUUUAGCCAAUAACCUGAUUGCGACGAGUAUCGGCGGGAACGCUGCCUCGUACGUGUACAGUACCGACGAUUUCUUCGUUAAUCUCGGACGAGGAAGGGUUUACAAAUUUGAUCCGCUUAAAUUGUCAGAGGCUCAUAUGUUCAAUCAAACGAGAGUCGCGGAGGCAAUGAGGAAUGGACGUACACCGAUAAUCGUUGAUAAUACGAACAUUGAAGCGUGGGAGAUGCGCCCUUAUGCAACGAUGGCUGUUAAAAGCGGGUACACGGUUGAAAUCCUCGAGCCAAAUACACCCUGGGCUCACAAUCCGAAACGACUCGCUGAGAAAAACACUCAUAAUGUUACGAGAGCAAAGAUUAACGAGAGGGCCAUGAAAUAUCAGAUAAUACCGAGUGGUCAAAAGUUACUUGAUAUGUACGGACUCAAAUAUUCAGGACCCAAUAUUCCGUUUGCUCAAAUUGACCAGCAGGAAAAAACAAAAGCUCCGCUUCCGCGUUCACCGGCCCCGCUGCUGCAUUCCGUUCCUUCUACUUGUUGUACGCCUCGGGUUCAAUCCAAUUGUUGGGACAACAAUGACAAAAACAAUUACGUAUUAACGAGGGACGAUAUCGAAAGUAUGCGAAAUAUCGAUGAGAAUCGUUACGAAGCGGCGAACAUCGAGCGGAGGUCUGUCGGUAUAGAGCAUUACAACGGGAGAUCGGAUAAUAACGAUUACUGCGAGGCAAAUGUACUACAAAUAGAAAAAAAAUUCACUUACGCCGACAACGUAUUCAAUGAUUAUAUCAAAGAAUUAAAAGAUUCCAACGUUGCAGAGGGCUUCGAAGUUAUCGAUUACGAGGACACCUUAAGUCGCGCGUGUUUUCAACAAUCUCGAGAUUUAAAUGAUAUUUCGCGGGAUAAGCGGGAUUCCAACGAGGAAUGUUGCGGUCCCGAGCCUCGCGAAAUUGGUGAAGAUUCCAACGAGUGUCUACAGACACUCGGGGCUAUCGGCUCCGAGAGAAAAUUUAAUCACCCCGCGGCUACGAUAAAUCCCGACGAAUCGGAAAAAGUACAAACUGAGAACAACGUUUCGUCACAGUGUUGGGACUUUACUCUGAUUCGCGAAGGUUACAAAUUGCACAGUAGGCACGGACAUUACGUCAGUCCUUUUAAAAAUAUCGCGGAUAAUGGCGAGGAGCCCGUUGUUUCUAAAGAGCUAGAUCCUCAUCUGUUUGAAAAUAAAAAAAUAGUGGAAGAAAAUCGAGAGGAUCCGCCAAAAAUUCAAUCCAAACAUUUGAAUUCACAAUGUAAAUUAAUAUAUAUUGAAAAACUUUCAAACGAACACGAGAUUGAAACUUUGAACGAUGAUAACAAAGUCUUUGAAACGAUUUUAUUGAAAAAUCCGGAAUCGAGAGAGUCAAUAGACAAAGAGACGGAAAAAUUCUCGAAAUGCGAAACAAACUUUUCGAAAGAUGUUGGAAAUUAUGAUGACGGUGAUGAUAAUAUCGCUUCACCGCAAAGAACGAUGAUUGGUUCGAUAUUUAAUUUGCUGGAAAGACCGUCGUCGAGUCUCGGAACCGUUGAUUCUUCAUAUUUGAAAAUAUAUGGCGACAACGGCGACAACGGCAACGAAGAGCGAAUUGAAGAAUCUGCGAACUUGAUAAAGCCGGAUAUAGUAGAUUUGAUAAAUGGAUGGGACGAAUUUGGUGGUGGUGAAGUAGUUGGCCAAGAGAAUAACAACGAGUUAAGCUUGAAAAUAAUUUCAACAAACCCAUUCGAGGGAGAAAAAAUGUUGACCGACAAUAUUAAUAGUAUAUCGUGGAAAGAAUCUCCAUUCCCGAUCGACGAUGCGAUAAUUCUUGAGACACCCGUAAUGGUAAAUAAACGAAAAGUUGUGAAGCGCGAUGCUGAAACAAUGACGACGCUUUACGACUUGAACGUUGCUUACGUGGGUGGAACUGCGGAGCCGGGAUAUCGAGAAUUAUGGGGGCGGGUCAACAAAUCGAUAAACGAAGAUGCCCCACCGAUCAUUGAAACCCCACCGAUCGAUAAUGUAGCAUCGAAAGUAAUUACAUUCGACAAAAGCUCGAUGACCGGUGAAACUAACAUACUCGCCGCCGCCGCCGCCGCAACAACCGAGCCGGUAGCUGCGGCUCUCAGUUCGGAAAAGGAAAAAUAUUCGACGAACCGGCUUGACGAUUUGAUCGAAAUGUUUCCUCAUUAUCCGAGGGAAUAUCUCAAAACAUUGUACGAACAACAGUGCAAUUGUGAUUUCGAUUGGGUCGUCGAUGUUUUGUUACUCGCUGAUGUACCCAAUUUAACCAUCGAUAAUUACGAGAAACAAAGUAUGAUACCAAAAUUAUCGAAAGUCGAGCAUGAAAAAUUGAAGCAACGAUCGCACAGUUCGAGUCCGAAAAAUCGACGCAGCAGGGCCAAAGAUUUUCGUAGCUUUUCCCUUGAUUGCUUCAAAGAUUUCGACGAGCACACCCGAGCUUCCUCUGGCGUUGGCUACACUAUUACCGAUACCGCCAACGGCGAGGAGGAUAAAAUUUUCGAAUUGUUUUACAAGAAAGCUCUGGGGGAGGACAAUUGUGUAGUCUCGUCGGUGAACGUUGAUGAUACAUUAGCCGAGGUGAUCCCUUCGAGUUCGUCAAUCAUGAUUGCUGGCUCCAACAGCGACGACGAUUCGUCGGAAACAAUGGAAUUAGAUUUUGGGCGAGAUUUUAUAAAUCGAUUGGAAAAUACCUGUGGAAAUUCAGAUUUUGUAUUGCCCGACGAGUUCAAACCCGUGAUAAAAAUAAAAAAAUCGAUGGUCACUGAACUGUACGGGCUCUGGAUCGAGAGCAUGGAUCAUCAAAUGAAAGUUUUGCACGCUCGACUCGACGAGCGAAUGGCCAAAGACGAGGCAAUGGCGAGAGCCGUGGCGGAUCGGGAAGAAUGUGAAAAAAUGAGAGAACCAGCCGCCGUGCCGAAUUUGGAAGAAAUCAUGAACAUGGAAAUGGCGCUCGCGAGAUAUCACAAUGAGUUGAAAGAAAACAUAGCGAAGGAAACACCGAACGACAUGGCAUCGAGAUUAACGAGGCAAAUGCUGUAUGAAUUAUUGCCGGAUAUUGAUAAAGAGACGCUAAGCGAAAUACUCAAGGCUCACGGGGGUAAUUUUAAAGAAACGUGCGAAAUAAUCGAAUCUAAUAUCGGACGUACGAUAAGCAAAAGUGAUAGCCUGAAGAAGCAGCGGAGUCUUUUGGAACGCGUUCACGAAGAGAGCAAUAAGAAUGUGGAUAUUCAAGAAGAAGAAGAAGAACAGAGUGGCUGUUCGAGUCCGAUUACGUCAUCAACGAUCGUUGUAAAUCCGGAAACUCGAAUGCUAGGAACGAAAGCAUCCGAUAGGUAUUAUUACGAGGAUGCGAUUGCUAGGGCCCGUAAUGCGAGACUGGAAGCACAGGUACAAGCCUCGUUGCGUAUAGAAAAUUACAACAAAGCUGCCGAAGCGUAUAGAAAGGGACAGCCUCAAGUUGCGGCCUAUUACUCCCAGAUGGUAAAACUACAUACGGAAAAUAUAAAGGCGGCUCACGCAAAUGCAGCCGAUGAAUUUUUAACAGCUCAAACCUUCACGCAGAACGGUGAAGAUACCCUAGAUUUGCAUAAUUUCUAUGUUCGCGAGGCUUUGCAAGCCGUCGACAUCUUUAUCGAUUAUCAAUUGAGAAAAUUAAAUGCGAGUACCAAGAGAUCGACUGUUUUUUUCGUCAUAACGGGACACGGAGCUCGGAGCAAUAAUGGACUUGGUAGAAUCAAAUCCGCCGUUACGAAGAAAUUCAUCAACAGAAAUAUAAGAUUUACCGAAGCAAAUCCGGGAUGUUUGAAAGUCACUCUCCACAGAAGAAACGCUACGGUCGAUACCAAUAUCAUCGGUGCUGCUGGGGCUGCCAGUAGCGGAAAUCCCAAAUUGUUAACUGACAUAAAAAAAACAACAUCGUCAUAGACGAAUGUAGCCAUUUAUUCGGAAUCAUUUUUUUUAAACACUAUUUCAAGUAUUAUAUAUGCGGGGAUGAGAUCAAUCGCGCGCGCGCGCGCGCGCAAUGACGACCUCGGUGAUGGAAACAAACAUAAAAAAUAACAAUUACAAAGUCAAGCCCUACAGCGAGUAUAUAAAAAUAUUAACAAGUCAAAUCUCUAUUUUUUCUACCUUCGUACGAAACGUUUAUUUUAAUGUUAAAAGGAUAGCGCGCGCCCCGUAUGAUAAUGAAAUUUGCAUACAUCGGAAGGUGCGAUUGUGCAAAGACACGCUUUAAACAUCAUAUUUCUUUAUUGACAAUAUCGAAAAAUCUUUUAUUCAAAUAUAUAACAAGGGAAGGAGGAGGUAUAUUUUCGCAAA